AAAAGUAGGACCCGCAUCCCACCAACUUUUUCAACUCACUUUCCAUUAGAUUUCUUAAAACCCGUGCCGGGUCAAAGUGUCCCAAAUUAUUUGGGACGGAGGGAGUAGCUAAUAUCUGUCUUGACGUUUUUCAUAAGAUUGUUCUCCCGGACGCCUUCUUUCAAAAAAGUCUUAAGCAGCACCACAUUGGAGUUUAUUGGCUGGAAUUCAAGAAACAUGCUAACGUCGAGAAAUAUGAUCAAAAUCUCGCGUUAGAUGCAUUUAAAAGAAAAUGCAAAGUUAGGUAUGGAGAUUAUAUCAGCAAGAUGAGAAAGAAAAACAAGAAGCCGACCUACUUUCCCGAGGCUGUGUGGAAUGAGUAUCGUGAAGCAUGGAAUACGGCAGAUGCUAUAAAGGCUUCCAAAAGAUGUUCGAACAAUCGCGGAAAAGAGAAGGCUCUUCCCACACAUGCUAAUGGCUGUGUUGCAUUUGAUGUGACAGCCAAAAAAAUGGCUAAAGAGAACCAGGGAAAGCUCCCUCCAUUUUGGGACCUAUUUCUCAAGACUCAUAGGCUAAAGGACUCACACAAGUUAUGUUCACAACAAGCCAAAGAAAUUGAGGGUGCUGCCGGAUAGCCCAUUGGCGCCGGAGUGGUAUCGGCUGGAGAAUUGAUGUUUGCGAUUUGGAUGGGGACGCAGUUCCCGGAAGUUUGGCCUUUGGAUGCAGCGAGUGUUAAUGGCGACGGCGUCAGUGGAAUCAGGUCCGAGGUUUUUUCAUCCCCUCGCCUUUAGUAUCUCAGGGUUAACGUGAUUGAGGCGCAGAAAUUGCAGAUUGCUGAUGACAAUCGGCAGAAGCCAGAGAUUCUUGUGAGAGUUUCACAUGGGGAUAUUGUUUUGAGGACUACAAUUUCUCAUAACAGAAAUUUGAAUCCCGUUUGGAAUGUGGAUCUGAUGCUUACUGUCCCGGAGCCAUUUGAGGAUAAGUUGGUUUUGUGACCAUGGAGGAUGAAUUGGGGCAGUGUGUGAUCCCUUUACAUGAUGAGGAGAAGCGGUUGGAUUUUACCGCCAUUGCAUCGAGAGAUCGCAGAAUUGCGGGGCUAGUAAAGGUCCUCAGUCAGCAAAGUUCGAGCAAGUUCAAGAGUCUAGAAGAAGUGGGUAGAAUUAUUUGAACUAAAUGUGGGAACUAGUACUCCCUCCGUUCCAUAGUAAUGGAGACGUUUCUUUUCGGCACGGAGAUUAAGAAAAUUGUGUAAGGUGAGUUAAGUAAAGAGAGAAUAAAGUGGAAAAUAAAAAAGGUAGCGA